AUGGCAAGCUACGAGUCGUUGUGCUCGCAGCUAGAGAAACUGCGUUGUGAAAACGCGGAAUUACGAAUGAUGCUAGAUAUAGUGAAGGAGAACUACGAUCUACAGUCCAAGUUGAGCACUCAAACCAUCGAUGAGACAGUUGGGCGCGAAGUGCCAACAGACUCCAGGAAGCUGGAGCGACUUGUGGGAGAGGUUGCCUUCCAGCUAGAGCGCCGGAUUCUGUUUCACGUGUUUCCAGGACAGGCCAGGCUGUAUGGGUUCACUGUACUCAAUAUACAUGAGAAGAUCAUCCAGGUCUCCAGGCACCCUUUGACAGGGAAGGUGGAUGAGGCCUACCGCUACCAGCUGUCGCAGCGCCACAUGGAACUGAUGAACAAGCUUCAUGCGCUAGGCUACAGUGCAACUCUGCACGGCCCCUUUGCCGAGUAUAUCGUCAACACCUAUGGCAUCCUCAAACAGCGGCCCGACCCCUAUAGUGCUGAGGAGCUGGGCUACAACAACCCUGAAUUUUUGCGCAACGUUAUCAUCAAAAUUGCACCCUCGAAGCUACUCAAAGACAUGCUGUGCCUGUUCAGCUGCCUUUGCUUCAUGGCGAGGCAGGAUGGCAAGCCCCUCUUCCUGUGGUAGAUUCCACAGUCAUACAUGCAACCCAUUUUGCUCCAAUGGCGUAAAUACAUAAAAAUAAAGCA